AUGGCGGGGGGCUACUUUGAGCUCCCAGUCUCCCGCCGCUCGAGUGUGUCUGAUAACGGAGCAGGACCAAGCAAAAUAUCUUCAGUGUCACGUCAAGCAUCAUUGCCCCUGCCGAAUGAUGGGUUCCAGGGCCAGCAGACGUAUCGGGAUGAGAGGUCGAAUGAUGUUGGCGCACAGGGCAGGCAUCGGAAUGCCAGCCCUCUCAAAAGCACCAAUCGUGUCAAGUUCACCGUGGAAGAGGCAGAGCUAUUGCAACAAGACGGAGCUAGGGUUGACUCCCGACUGGACCGAAGGGGGACUGUGCUCCCUCAGAGACCCUUACCCACUGCCAACAUUCCUUUCUUCCAGGCAACGGCACCUGUGGACCCUCCUGCAGACCCUCCUGCCUCACCCUCACUGGUGGAAGAAAGCCCCAGCGCGCCAGCCGAUGUCACUGGCUUGACGAUCAGCUACCAGACAAGCUCAUCGGGUACCGGAAAGAUAGAGGAGCUUGGACUCGGUACAAAUGACAAAGGGCGGGCAGUAUCUUAUGCACAAGAACGAGCUCAACGACUAGCACCCCUUCUGAGCUCACAAAAAUCUCCGAAGCCAAGUCCCCGCUCUAGCUUAGUAUCUUCAAUUGCAUCUACUCCGACUGACGGUGUAUUUCCAAACGAAGAUGGGGAUGAGAUUCCUAUGAUCAGCUUCCGCGAGAAACAACAACUAUUCGACGACCUAACAAACGAGAAUGAAUAUACACCACGCACAGCCGAAUCUUUUCAUUGCGUGCGACAAAUGUCCCGUCGUGAGUAUCCUUUCUUGCCUCGCAUUCGCCCUCCCUCUCCAGGACCUCACUCUGGCCAUGUCACUCCCAGUGAUGGCAGAGACUCAGAGACCUAUGUCGAACGGCCAAAACAAUACCGUGGAGGCAUUCUAUCCUCCAUCCUGAAGCUAUACGACCAGCAAACUGGAGGGCCUCCAGACUAUAGCCCCAACCGAAGCCGGUGGGGUCGUCCCAGAAAGGGGAGUUCCGCAGAAUUCAGUGAACAUGAAUUCUGUCCUGAUCCUAUCUGGAGACCACACCGGCCUAGGAAAUGGUAUGAAAAAUCAUCCAGCCGGUCGAGCAGUACUUUUGGGUCUGGCUCAUCACAAAAGAGUACCUCUCCAUUUGCUAUGCUGAAGCGAUCCCACAGCAGCGGUGCAGUGGGGGGUAAGGGACAUCGAUGGGCUAGGGCGGACCAUCUCGCAGAUGAAAUCCGGAUCACAGUUCACAUCGCAGAGAUUCUUACACGCCAACGAUAUCUCAUGCGGCUUUGUCGUGCCCUGAUGAAGUACGGUGCACCAACUCAUCGACUAGAGGAGUAUAUGCGGAUGACUGCCCGCGUGCUGGAAAUAAAUGGCCAGUUUCUGUAUUUCCCCGGUUGCAUGAUUAUCUCCUUUGACGACGCCUCCACGCACACGACGGAGGUUAAAGUCGUCCGGUCGAGCCAAGGAGUUGACCUUGGCCGACUGGCAGAUGUACACGAGAUCUACAAGGAGGUGAUCCACGAUGUGAUCGGAGUGGAAGAGGCUAUCCAGCGAUUAGAUGAAACAAAAGCAAGGCCUAACAAAUACCAUCUUGUACUCCAAGUUCUUGCCCACGGCUGCGCAAGUGCAUGUGUUGGACCUUUCGCCUUCAACGCGCGACCAAUCGACAUGCCAAUUGCUUUCUUACUAGGAUGUCUCCUCGGCAUCCUGCAGCUCGUUCUCUCCCCAAAAUCGAGCCUGUACUCGAAUGUCUUCGAGGUCUCAGCCGCCGUGUUGACUUCAUUCCUGGCUCGCGCCUUCGGAAGUAUACGAUACCAAGGCGAUCCACUAUUUUGUUUCUCAGCACUGGCCCAAUCAUCCAUUGCCCUCAUCUUACCGGGAUACACGGUUCUUUGCGCAAGCCUAGAGCUUCAAUCCGGCAGCAUCAUUGCAGGUUCCGUGCGGAUGGUCUACGCAAUAAUCUACUCCCUGUUCUUGGGAUUCGGAAUCACAAUCGGCACAGCUGUAUAUGGCCUCCUAGAUGCCCAGGCUUCAACGGAAUACACAUGCCCUGCUAGCCCUAUCACGAACGAGUACCUCCAACGCUUUCCAUUCGUGUUACUCUUCACUGUCUGUCUAGCCAUCGUCAACCAUUCCAAAUUGAAGCAGAUCCCUAUCAUGCUCGUUAUCUCCUUCGCCGGCUACGUGGUCAGCUACUUCAGUGGGAAGCGCUUCUACUCUAAUACACAAAUCUCCAAUGCCCUUGGCGCCUUCGUCAUCGGUAUCCUGGGCAACUUCUACAGUCGUCUUCGGCACGGCCUUGCUGCCGCCGCAAUGCUGCCUGCUAUCUGGGUGCUUGUUCCUUCUGGUCUGGCGGCUAGUGGAUCUUUGAUCUCGGGGAUUACUGCAGCAGAAGAAAUGACCCGCACUCGGUAUGAUGUUGUGAGCAAUGGAACGCAGGGUUUUGUCGAUGCGGCGAAGAACAUGUCUACUUCUGAAGCUAGGGACCAGAGCACGGGCGUGGCCUUUGACAUUGGCUACGGUAUGGUUCAGGUUGCCAUCGGGACGACUGUGGGUCUUUUCCUGGCUGCCCUUGUGGUCUAUCCACUGGGUAAGAAGCGUAGCGGGUUAUUCAGUUUCUGA